UCGCCGAUAACUCAUCAUUGCAUGAAUCAUCUUCGCCGAUCGAUUUUAUAUCACCCCAAUAUGAGAAUCGAGCCGGUCGUGAAUAAACUUGGGUCCGCCGUCGAGAGAUACGAGACUGUUUGUCAUGACUGGACAAAUGUUCACGAGGUGUACAAGCUACAUGCCACUGUGGCUUCUGGUGUGUAG